ACACCAACACCAAACCUCCUAAACCCUAAACCUCCAAUCAUGACUACCCGCUUCGUGUUCGAACCUCCCAGCGACGAAGAAAUCGAAUAUGAAGAAGAAGCAGCUGAAGAAAUCGAAUAUGAAGAAGAAGCAGCUGAGGCAGAGGCAUGGCCAGAAUCAGAAGAAGAGCGCAAGGGAGGGUCAGAAUCAGAAAAAGAGCGCAAGGAAUCGGCACAGUCUCCGUGGAACUUCGCCAAGUACACGGAAUCCGUGGCGGAGGAAUACGCUCGCAGGAACACCACCUCAAUCGACCACAAAAUCUCCAACGCCCUUCUCAAACACCACCGCCGUAUUCCUAUUCCUAUUCCUGACUCCGACCCUGAUCAUCAAGAAGAUUAUAGACCGGAAGAAGAAGAAGAUGAGGGCAAUGCUGAUGCUGGCGAUGACGACAAGUCUUUUUUUUCUCCUUCUGAUGGAAUCUCUUUCCAUGCUGAUUCCUUCUUGCACCUCAAUUUGUCACGCCCUUUACUCCGGGCUUGUCAGGCCUUGGGCUAUAUUCAUCCAACACCAAUUCAGGCCGCUUGCAUACCAUUGGCAUUGAGUGGUCGUGAUAUAUGUGCAAGUGCCAUUACCGGCUCAGGGAAGACUGCUGCAUUUGCACUACCCAUUUUAGAGAGGUUGUUGUUCCGUCCAAAGCAAAUGCGUGCAAUUAGUGCCCUUUGUCUUACCCCAACCAGAGAGUUGGCAGUCCAAGUUCACAGUAUGAUGGAGAGUCUUGCUCAGUUUACUGAUAUAAGGUGCUGCCUCAUUGUUGGGGGUCUGUCAACAAAGGUGCAAGAGGCUGCCUUGAGAUCAAUGCCAAACGUUGUUGUGGCUACUCCAGGACGCAUGAUAGACCAUUUACGCAACUCUAUGUCGGUGGAUUUAGACGAUCUUUCUGUUUUAAUCCUUGAUGAGGCAGAUCGUCUUUUAGAGCUUGGAUUUAAUGCUGAAAUUCAAGAACUUGUUCGCAUGUGUCCCAAAAAAAGGCAGACCAUGCUGUUUUCAGCAACCAUGACUGAGGAGGUUAACGAACUUAUUAAGCUUUCCCUGUCAAAACCCUUGCGUCUUUCUGCUGAUCCAUCUGCAAAACGGCCAGCAAGUUUGACAGAAGAGGUGGUUAGAAUACGAAGAAUGCGGGAAGUAAAUCCAGAAGCAGUUCUUCUUGCAAUGUGCUCCAAAACUUUUACGUCUAAAGUGAUCAUCUUCAGUGGAACAAAGCAAGCUGCACAUAGAUUGAAGAUUAUAUUUGGAUUAGCUGAAUUGAAAGCUGCUGAGCUUCAUGGAAAUCUCACUCAAGCCCAACGCCUUGAAGCUUUGGAACAGUUCAGGAAGCAGCAGGUGGAUUUUUUGGUGGCAACUGAUGUGGCUGCUCGUGGCCUUGAUAUUAUGGGUGUUCAAACAGUUAUCAACUUUGCAUGUCCACGUGAUCUUACCAGCUAUGUUCAUCGAGUGGGUCGUACUGCAAGAGCUGGAAGAGAAGGAUGUGCUGUCACAUUUGUUACCGAUAAUGACCGGUCACUUUUAAAAGCCAUUGCAAAGAGGGCUGGUUCAAAGCUGAAAAGCCGCACUGUUGCAGAGCAAUCUAUACACAAGUGGUCUCAAAUAAUUGAUCAGAUGGAGGGCCAAAUUGAUGAAGUACUUCAAGAAGAGAGGGAAGAAAUAGCCCUGAGGAAAGCUGAAAUGGAGGCCGCAAAGGCUGAAAACAUGAUUGCACAUAGGGAAGAGAUCUUUUCCCGCCCCAAAAGAACCUGGUUUGUCACAGAGAAGGGGAAGAGGCUUGUUGCUAAAGCAGCAAAGGAUUCCAUGGAUAAGGAUAAUAGUUCUCGAAAGGAGGUCCUUAGUGCCGAACAAGCCGAAGAACUCAGAAUGAAGGAAAAGAAGAAGCGAGAGCGAGAGAAAAAUUUACCUAGAAAGAAGCGCAGAACUUUGGAGGCAGCUAGAGAGAUGUUGGAGGAUGAGGAGGAUCAUGAUGACAAGGCAAUAGAAGGUAAGGGAGCAAAUAAGAAAGAAAAAAGCGGAAUUUCACUUGUUGAUAUUGCUUACCGACGAGCAAAAGCAGUGAAGGCUGUCAAGAGGGCACUAGAUUCUGGCAAGAUUGUGAAGAAGCCUGUUAAACUGAAAUCUAGCCAUUCCUCGCGAAAGACUCCUUCAAAGCCGGAAGGUAUGCGGGAUCUAUUCGAGUCUGAGAUGAAGGAUAAAAAACCAAGAAAAGGAGGUCUUGGAGCAGGAAAGAAGUCCAAGAGUUCAUUCAAAAGCAAGUCAAGGUAUAAGCGCAAGUAAUCUGAGGUUAAUAAACCUUGUCAUAAGUUUUGUACAUGGAAGGACCAUAAAUCUGCAAUACGUGUCUUUGAUGUUAUUGUCACAUGUAGUCAAAUAUGCUCAUAACAUAGCUACUCAAUCAUUGGAGCCACGGUGAAUUGCCGCUGAUUCCUCCUGUGUUUUUGGGUGGCCACCGUGACCGGAGUGGGGGAUGGUGACAGUAACAACCACUGCCCAAAUACCUUUUUGUUAGUGAUUUCUAUUGUAUCAUCAUGGAAUCUUAAUAGCUGCUAAUUUUGUAAUCUUAGCAUUAAAUGUUGCCAGUAUGAAAUAUUUAUUACCACACUCAAUACAUAUUAGUGUCCAUUUUUUCCCUGUU